GCUCCCUCUUCCCAGCCCUCUCCCGAUGCUGCUCCGGGGCCCCGGCAUGGGGGAGGCUCCCGCGAGGGUACCAGCGGCGCCGGGAUGCUCGCGGCGGGGCGGCGGCUGCCGGGUGCCGCCGGGACCACGGGGCCGGUGCAGGACGGGUGACCCCCGUGACCCUGGGGCUGCGCUGGAGCAGGGAGCUGCUCUGUGUUAUGGUGACCCCUUGGGCGAGUUGGAUCCGGGAGGGAUUUCUCUCCGGGCGCGUGUGGCGAUUUGAUUUGGCUUGCAAAGUGCUGAUUUCCUCCGGGGCAUCUUGCUGCGUGCCGCAGGGCAACCCCAGCAGCGCGUCAGGCACUCCGGCUUGGGGAAGCCCCGCUCCCCUCUUCCUUCUGCUCCUGAGCGAUGCUGGUUCAGCGUCAGUGCCCCGGGUGGGUGCGGGGGGGCUGCUGGUGCUGUGCCACGUCCCCGUCCCGUUGCCGGCCGGGCUGUGCCCAGCGGCAUCGUGUGCGGUUCCCUGGGGCAGGCGGGAGACAUGCGGGUUGCGGGGGGCUGACGGGGUGGGGCGCCGGGGCUCGCCACCCUCCCGGGCUUUCUCCCCGCAGGGCGCAUGGACGGGGUGUCUCCCGCUGAGACGCGGCGGGCGCCGCGGCCCCCCCGGCAGCACGGCCCGAGCGGCGGCCGAGCCCCGGCCCCGCCGGAGCCCCCCGAAGCCGCCCGCGGCCCUCACGCCGUCCUGGAGAGCAAGGUGAAGGCGCUGAAGGAGAAGCGGGCGGGGGCCCGGCCGGGGACCCCCGCGGCCGCCCCCGAGCGCCCCUCGCCCAAGAAGCCCCGUCCCCAGCGGGGGAAGUCGGGGGAGGACGCGGCGGACCCGCGGGCUCGGCUCCGCACCUACCUGACGGACGGGCUGCUGGACAGCGGGGAGCCCCUGGCCAGCGGCCCCCCGGCCCCCCGCGCCGGCACCCCGGGGCUCUGGCGAGUGCCGGCGCCCAGGGGAGAUGUGCCGGGAGGCACCGAGCUCCGCCGGGACGAGGGCAGCGCGUCCCGCGGCUCUGCCUCCCUCCGUCGCACACCGUCGCUGGGAGAGGAGGCGCGGACCGCACCGCGGGCUCGGGGGGGUCCGGCUGCGGCCCCCGCUGCGGCCCAGCGCUGGGACAGGCUCUCGCUGGCCGAGCGGGUGGAGAGGAACCGGCGGCUGCUGCAGGAGGUGCUGGGCCUCGCUGCGCCUGAGAUGCUGGUGAGCGACGGGGACUGGGACUCGGGGGUCUCUCUGCAGGACACUGAGGGCAGCAGGGCCUUUGUCCCCAGGCAGGAGCUGGAGCUGAGCCCGCGGCACGAGCAGGCCAAGCAGCUGCUGCAGCGAGCCCGCAUGAAGGCUCGGACGAACCCGCUGCGCGCCAGCCACGACAUCCUUCUCCUGCCCGCCGCCGCCGGCCCGCGCCCCAGGGAGCCCAGCGGGCGGCCGAGCGCGGUGCCGCGGGACGGCGGGAGCCUCAGCGACUCGUCGAGCGGGGAGUCGAGCUGCGGGCGGCCGCGGCGGCCCCGGGGCCCCUCCCCGUCCCGCGUCCGCUUCGAGGACGAGUCGGCCCGCGACGCCGAGGUGCGGUACCUGGAGCGACUGCAGCUGCGGCACCGGCGGGCGCUGGGCUCCACGCUCUCCUCGCCUGACCCGGCUGCCGCUGGCAACAAGCCCGGAGCCCGGAGCGGAGACCUGGCGGCCGGGGUAAAGUGCAGCGCCUGCGGCUCUGUCCUGAGUGCUGCUGCUGGCCAGGGCACGGAUACACCAGCAGCCAGCGACGAGGCCAAAAGCAGCCCCGUGGCACAAGGAAACGUCCCAGGGGCCGGCGGGGCACCAAGCGCUGCCCGCACGGAGCCCAAAACCAGGGCUCUGGGCCCCCGCGGGUCCCCGCUGUGGAUCCUCCCCUCCCGGCAGCGCAUCCACACCGAGAAGAUCAAGGAGACGUACAUCGGGGACGUCACCAACGUCGACGAGGUGGACUCGGCCCUGGAGAGCACCGACACCUCGGACGGCUGCCGGACGGACAGCGAGGAGGCAGGACCUCACAGCCCCCAGCCGCGGGGGCACCGGGACCCCCGGGCUCAUGGGCGCAGGGCCCCCCGUGCCGCCCCGCAGCUGGAGGCCAGAACUGGGACGGGUACGUGUGUGGGCAGCGGUGGCUCCCGCGCAGGGGACGGAGGCUCAGGAGGUGCCCCAAGCCAGACAGGGCAACCACUGGGGAGAGCUGGCAGCCGGGAUGAUGAGGACCCCCACCAGCAUCUGAGGGCCAGCAUGGAGGUGGGAAACACCACUCCUGCCCCACAGCAGCCCACUGAGUGCCUGGACCCCUCCUCGCAGCUGGGGACUGGCAGCCACGUCCCUGCUCCCUCUCCUACCACCAAGGCCUGCUCCCAGGUGCCUUGCAGGAAAGCUCUCUUCUCUGGCAGCAGCCGCCGGGCGUCGAGCCAGGGAGCCCGGGGCCCAGAGCCUGAUGGGGGAAGCGCUGCAGCCCCCCAGCCCGGAGGCACGGGGCAGGGGAGGGGGCCCUGCAGCCCCAGGUGGCUCCCGGGGGGCCCCCUCCGUGCCUUGUCCACCAACAACUGCAACAACACCCGCGGGCAGGACCUUCCAGGGAUGGGCAGAGGUAAGAGAUCUGCAGAUGGGGGUGGCCAUGGAUCCUCAACAAGGUGGGGAGGUGAAAGUCUUGCUGCAUUUCCAGGGGCACCAUCGCAGCCCACCACGAGCCUCCAGCCCCAGGAGGCUGCUCCAUCCCCCAGGGAAGCUGCUGGGACAGCUGGAGCACAGCAGCAGCAGCACCCAGCCGGGAGCGUGGCACCAGGGGAGCUGGGGCGGGCGGUGAGUCGCAAGGGCAGCAGUGCAUCGGGACUGAAGAAGCUCCUAUGCAGCCUGAGCCAGAGCACCAAGCAGCGCCUGGGCCGCUUCCGCUGCUACAGCAUGGAGCAGCUCCCGGGCCCCAGCGGCAGCCCCCCGGGCAGCCCUGGCAUGAAGAAGUCGCCCUCCCUGCAGUCCCUGCAGCUGGUCUCACCCUUCUGCCAGCCCCGAAAAGCUGCCUCUGUCCAGAGCCUGCACCCUGUGCCGGGCAAAGCCCCCCGUGCCAGCGCGUACCUGCUGCCCGCACCCACGGCCGACAGGAAGGGGGUCCCGGGGCCGCGGCGCUCGCUGAGCGUGGAGGACAUCGGGGCGCCAGGGCGGCUGCACACCGUGGGGCGGGUGCUGCAGGUCUUCCCUGACGGCACGAGCCAGCUGGAGCUGCAGAGACCCCCCGACGGCGCCUUCGGCUUCCGCGUCACCUCCGGGCACGGCCGCCCCGACACAGGUGUGUACGUGCAGGAGAUGGCGGACGCGGGCACGGCCAAGCUGUACGCGGGGCUGCUGGCCGUGGGUGACGAGAUCCUGCAGGUCAACGGGGCGGCCGUGUCGGUGCUGGGGCUGCCCCGCAUCCGCCAGCUGCUGCUGCACGCAGACACCCUCACCCUGCGCGUCCUCAGGCACCGCCCCGCGCCGCGGGACCCCCGGCACGGCCCCCGCUAGCCCCGGCGGGGGGAGGCCGAUGGCCCAGGAUGCCGCGGGACGGCAGCUGCCCUGGUGCCACGGGGGCAAGGGGCUUCCCAGCCCUCGGGGAGAUGAAGGACUUGAGGAUCCCCUCAGACAGUGCCCAGCGUCUCUAGGAGCUGCCCCGUUGUGGGGACACUCUGCCUCGUGCCCCCAGGAGCCGUGAGGACACCUCGCCUCUGUGCCCCCAGGAGCCGUGGGGUUCCCUGCCAGCACUUCUGGGCUCCUUUUAAAUUAUUUCAAACUGGAAAGAAAAAAAA